AAAAGAGAAGUUUCUGUGUGGGCGGCCGCGCCCCGUUCCGUUCCGUUCCGCGGCCGCUCCACCAAACCAAACGGGGGCCAAAAGAAACCAAAGCCAAGCACAAGAAAGAUCCAUCCAUCCAUCGGAUCGGAGAAAGUGAGCAGCCAAUGGCGCGGGGGAAGAAUCACCCGGAAGGGGAGGAGGAGGAGGAGGAGGAGGAGGAGCAAGGUGCGGCGCCGAUGGAGGUGGACGAGGAGGGGGAGCUGGAGGAGCAGGUGGAGGAGGAGGAGGAGGAGGAGGAGGAGCAGGGGGAGGGAGAGGAAGGUGAGGAGGGGGAAGAGGAGGACGAGGAGUGGGAGGAGGCGGAGGGGGGAGAGGAGGAGAGCGAGCAGGCGGCGGCGGCGGAGGAGGAGGAUUCGGCGCUGGUGGCGGUAGAGGCCGCGGCGGCGGCGCCCGUGGUGGAUGGCUCCCCGCCGAAGUUGGCGGAGGGGUUCUACGAGAUCGAGGACAUCCGCCGCCGCCGACUCCGCAAGGGCAAGCUCCAGUACCUCGUCAAAUGGCGUGGGUGGCCAGAAAGUGCUAACACAUGGGAGCCUCUGGAAAAUCUGAGUGCCUGCUCCGACAUUAUUGAUGCUUUCGAGAUGCGGUUACAGUCUCCAAGGGCCGGUCGGAAGCGUAAGCGGAAGAUAACAACUACUGCAGUAACAGGUCCAAACCCAUCUCAUGGUAAACGGGGACGCCCUCGCUUGGAUGCUAAGUCCCACACUCGAGCUCCUGCGCAAGAACCGAAGCAACUACCCUGUCGGACAAGCAGUAGGAGAGCAACUAAUUCUAGUAGUAAGACAGUUGUAGGGCUUGAUGCAUCGGGGAGUAUGGUGAAACACCAGCUUGCACAGAAAAUUGUACAAGAGGGUAGUUCCAGUGGGAUUUCAAGGACACCAUGUAAGGAGCUCCCACUCUCAGUUAGGUUGACAGACCAACAAAAUGAGCAACACCUUCUGAAUGGUUCAUCAAAUUCUGAAACCUUAAUAAAAGUACCUCCAUCUCAGGGCCAGGUAACUGGUGCCAAGAAACGUAAAUCUGGAAAUGUGAGGAGGUUUGAGCAGAAUAAACCAACACAAGGACAGGGAAAAUGUGGAGCAUUAGUGGUGGCAGAGGAUGUUGGUUCCACCGAAGGAGAAACUGGUGAUAAGAAUAAGACAGAGGGCUGUCCUAACCGAAUUCAUAUCACUAAGAUCAUCAAACCUGUGCGGUUUGCAGCGGCCGUGAACAAUGAUGUGCAGCAAGUUUCAAUAACAUUCAAAGCACUCAGGUCCGAUGGUCAGGAAGUCACUGUGGACGACAAAGAAUUGAAAGCAAAUAACCCCUUGCUGCUAAUUAGCUACUAUGAGCAGCACCUUCGUUACAAUCCGACUUCGUGAGAGAUGAACUGAAGGAACUGGGCAUAGCUGCCUGUGUAUUUAGUUAGCAUUUAUGUGUGUGUUCAGAAGCUGGUAGCUCUAUGGACUUGAUAGUUUAGCCUGGUCUUGCAGUAGUUUGUGCCAUAUGCAUGAAGCAUAAUGGCAUGAUCUCCCCCACUAAUUGCUUAUUUGCACCGUAUUAUGUGUAACAUUUUGAAAAGUGGGGAGAUGUGUGUAAUCUAUGCUCAGGGAUUGACUGCAUCUUUCUUCUCUGUCUGUUUAGUAUCCUGGGAAGGAUUGUCGUGACCUGAUUGUAUCAUAGAUGAUGGUAAUGACUGAGCAGCUCGUGCACUCCGUGUGAUGAAUUCAUGUCAAGUCCUAGAGACUCAGUAUUUCAGCCUUUUAA